GCCCGGAGAAAACAAAUGUCUCGAGCCCAGGAUAAGGUCUUGGACUACAUGCUCAUGCUCAUGGACAUGGGCGGUGCCCGGGGCUUCGUGUAUGGCAUCAUCCCCGAGAAGGGAAAGCCCGUGAGCGGCGCAUCCGAUAAUCUGAGGGGCUGGUGGAAGGAGAAGGUGCGAUUCGAUCAUAAUGGCCCUACUGCCGUGGAGAGAUUCCAGCUCGAGAACAGCAUUCCAUUAUCUGCGAUGAAUGCCUCGGUCUCAAGUCCGCAGCAGCUGAUGGGGUUCCAGGAUUCAACACUGGGCUCCAUGCUGUCUGCAUUGAUGCAGCAAUGCCAGCCUCCUCAGAGGAGGUUCCCAUUGGACCGGCGCGUUCCGCCGCCCUGGUGGCCGACCAUGGAGGAGGGCUGGUGGCAGGAUCUAGGAUUGUCUGCUGAUCAAGGGCCAUUGCCGUAUAGGAAGCCGCAUGAUCUCAAAAAAGCCUGGAAGGCCGGUGUCCUUAUUGCAGUUAUCAGAAACAUCUCCCCGAAUUUUGAUCAGGUUCAGAAGACAGUGCAGAGGUCUAGAUGUCUCCGAGGCAAAAUGUCCGCAAAGGAGAGAACAAUUUGGUAUUCUGUGCUUCAUCAAGAGAUGCAGUUGUACAUGGAGCACCACCCUGAUGCUCCUCAGGGGUUUCUGAGCCUGAGUAGGGCUGCCUCUUCUAGCAGCAGUGAUGAUAAAUAUGAUGUUGAGAUUGAGGUUGAUUCUAAUGAUAUAGUAGAUUGCAAACUUGCUGAGAGGGUCGAUGCCGAGGAGGGCCGAAGAGGUUUGCCUCUGGAUAACAACAAUGAGCAGCAGCAGAAACAAAGUAAGAGAAGUUCUGCAUGGGAUAAUCCUCUUCAGCCAGCUUUGUUUGCAGAUCAGACCCUGGCUGUGGAUCAGAAUUCUCUCCAGGAGGAACCGACGGAAGGCCCCGAUCCCGUACCACAGCCGGUUGCGAGUCUGAAUACCUCAAUGCAGACACCAAAUGUUGGUACAAAUUGUUUUCUACUGGUGCAUGCUGGUGUGGAACAAAGGUGUGGAACAAAUGUUGGUACGAAUUGUCUUCUGCCAAUGCCUUGUCAUCCGCAAACAGGUUUGAAUCCAAGUGACCUCAUGCAGGUGCCAAAUGUUGGUGCAAAGGGUCUUCUGCGGGUGCCUGGGGUGGAACCAAAUUGUUUUCGGCAACCAGCUUUGAAUCAAAAUGCCCCCCUGCCUACACCAAAUGCCGGUCCAAAUAGUCUUCUAUCGAUGCCUUGUGUGGGACAAAAUUGUCUUCAGCAACCGACUCAUCUGAUUCCAUACCCUCUUCUGCAGCAAACUACAAUCGAUCCGAAGCUUCCUUAUGGAAACUAUGCUGGCCGGGGCAUCGGAAUGGCAAGAAGAAUGUUUGAAGAAACCAGCAGAGGAGUGCAGCCUCCUCAGAACUUUCAUGUUCGGACUAAUACUUCGGAACCAGCAUUCGAUAACCCGCCCAGUGGUUUUGAUAGUGACUUGAUAUAUGAUUCUUCUUUCAAUUAUACCGAUACGGGAGGCUCACUGAUAAAUAAACAUGAUUCUUCUUGGUUCGUUCGAAAUAAUUAG